UUUAGUUCCAGUUUCAUGUUUGUUUCAUCCUUUUACCAGUUCUCCCUCUUUUCUUGGAUUAUUAGAUCGGUCGUUUACGCACAACUGCGCCCGUUCAAUUAUACGUUGUGUGACCUCUUACUUAAUCAUCACAACGUCAAACAACAAUGUAUCUGUGGAUCGUGUCUAUAAUUAAUUCAGUAUAACGUUCCCUGUGAGCUCCUCCCUCUCUCGUUUUCCGGUUAUGUGUCCUCCCGCACAAGAAAGUGAACGCAGGCGGACGAUCAGCUUGUUUCUUUGUUCUUCUUUACUUUUUUUUAAUGGUUUAAUCGGAAGAAAAUUAAAUUUCGGUCUGCAGCUCGACGAAAGCUGGUCCCUCCAUCACAUGUCGCCCGAGUCGCGUGUAAGAAGAGGAAAGAUACAUGUUAUGUUACCGCAUACAUUUCUCCAGAAAUCGUCUUCCAACUUUUAGGGCUGCGCGUUUUGCAGAUCGAUUCCUGCGCAUGCGGCAAAGAAUGAAACUAAGAUGCGUCAUUUGUUGCCUCUUCCUCCUGUCCUCCUCGGGCGUCCUGCUGAUGCUCAGCGUGAAGUACAGCAACGUCACAGAGUACUUCCCUCCCUCAGCGUCCCCAGAAAGCCAUCCGAUAUAUCAGAAGUACAACAUUAACUGCCAGGCUAUCUACGACUUGGACCCAGCGGAGGUGGGCAAGUCGAUGGUCAUCAGGCGGAAACAUGUCGUGGAGAACCAGGAGGAAACUCUGGUUAACCUCACCUCUAACUGCUCAUUAUUUAUCAAGUCCAGAGGUUACGAUGACGUGUGCGUCUCAGAGGGGGAGAGAGACUUUCCUCUCGCUUACUCUCUGGUCGUGCACAAAUCUGCAGUGAUGGUAGAGAGACUCAUCAAAGCCGUGUACACCCCCAGAAACAUCUACUGUAUCCACUACGAUCAAAAGUCUCCGCCGCUGUUCAUCUCAGCCAUGGAGGGUCUGGCCCGCUGUUUGCCCAACGUCUUCAUCGCCUCCAAGCGAGAGUCCAUCUUUUACGGAGGCAUCAGUCGACUGAAAGCUGAUCUCAACUGUCUGUCCGACCUUCUGGCGUCAGAGGUCAAGUGGAAGUACGUCAUCAACCUCUGUGGCCAAGAUUUCCCCCUCAGGUCCAACAUCGAGCUGGUGUCGGAGCUGAGGGGGUUGAACGGGGCCAACAUGCUGGAGACAAGCCGCCCCACCACUUUGAAGAUGCAAAGGUUCAUCCUUCACCACGAGCUGAGGGACGCCAACUUCGAAUACAAAAAGAUGCCGGUGAAGACGGACCAGAGGAAGAUCCCGCCGCCGCACGGCAUCGAGGUGUUCUCCGGCAACGCCUACUUCAUCCUGUCCCGGGACUUUGUCGCGCACUUGGAUUCCUCGGCCGCGGUGAAGGACUUCCUGGCCUGGUCGGAGGACACCUUCAGCCCGGACGAACACUUCUGGGCCACGCUGGCGCGCCUGCCGGGCGUCCCCGGAGAGGUGGCCAGGACGGAGCCCGACAUCACGGACCUGCAGAGCAGGACCAGGCUGGUGAAGUGGGAGUACCUGGAGGGGAGCCUGUACCCACCCUGCUCGGGGAAACACGUCCGCAGCGUUUGUAUCUACGGGGCAGCGGAGCUGCGUUGGUUGCUCAACUAUGGUCACUGGUUCGCCAAUAAGUUUGACCUCCAGGUGGACCCUGUUGUGGUCCAGUGCCUGGAGGAGAAGCUUGAGGAGAAACGAAGGUUGUUCCAGUCGGUAGCCUGUCGGGAGGGUUAACCAGUGGACUGCAGAGGUCAGUUCAUUCAUCAAUGUUGAUUAAUCAGAAACAAUUCUGAUGAUUUAUUCCUUUUGGCGACUCCUCUGCUCCCAUAGACGUCUAUGAGGAAAUGACCCUACUCUCUUCAUUUAUUCCCUCAGUAAACAUUGUAAACACGAGUUUAUCGUCUCAGUCUCUUGUUUCAAGUCUUCUUUAAUACAGCACGAUGUUAAUUCAGUAAAUGAUGGUUCAUGUAGAGCCCUAUAGCUAGGCGGCGGGGCUAUUGUGAUUGACAGGUGAUUCACCAGAGACAUAAAAGACGCCUCUUCCUCUGACCUUGUUUUCAGGGUGUGUUGGAAGUUCAACAAAAAUACCCCUGUCCUGCUAUAAAGCCAAAGUGCGCUUGUCUUUCUAAGCGUACAUCAAUAAUGAAAGUAUUGUGGUCAGCAAAGUGUCCUUCUCUCUGACACUCAGUCGGCCUCCAGCCAGUUUCAAUGGCCAUAAUAAUGAGCAUUUUCAAAAGAUAUUUUAACGUCCAACAAGAAUGCAGUGCCAACAUUUUGCACCACACCCAACCGUCUCUGCAGAAGUGUCAGAUUACACCACCGAUGGCACACAUCUCUGCUGCUGGAGCCCUUCGUAUCUGGUUGAGAUGUUUUCCGGUCAAAUCAAUAAAUAAUACAAAAAUAUCUCCA